CCUGUUCUGCACAUGGCUACUUCCUCCUUUCUGCUUAGCCCAUCUCAAGUGACAGUAGCGCAGGUGCGUCCUGCUGCAGGUGCAAGACGGAAGUCCAGUGUUCUUUCCUCCAGUAUCCGUACGAAUACCUUUUUUAGUUCAGGGCAGUCACCAGUGUCAUUCUCCUUCCCGUUGAUCGUGACUUCCGCGACCUCCUUCCUGCCAUGCUUUCUACCUAAUCGCUUUGGGAUCAAGGCGCCCCCUUCUCAAAUGGGCCCUGCCUCCCCUUUUCAUACCAGGUACUUGUGUCAUGUAUUGUCUCCGUGCCUGCCUCUAUCAUCUCGACAUCUGACGAUCGUCACCUCGAAUCAUUCAUUACACACCUCAUGGUCCCGGGCACUGAACAGUCAAGUUGGGAGAGAAAGAGGUAUGUAUUCUUGUCAGGUAGGUACCUACGAAUAGGUCAGGUACGGAGUACUCAGAGGCAAGGAGAGAAAGUGUGCCUGGCCUGGGCUAGCCCGCCUGCCCGCCUUCUCCAGGUGGCCUUGCUUAGCGCGUCCCAGGCUCCGUCCACUCCCGGCCUCCGUCCUUCAGUCCAGUCCCAAACUCCCAGGUCGGGCAAGAGGGAGCACUCCAGUCUCCAGGAGACGGGAAGGCGUGGUGGACUGGAAAAGGGUGAAGGGCAGCAAAAAAAGGCAGGCGCCGAUCCACAGCAGUGUGCCUGCCUGAUAUUAUUUCCAUGCUCCCCUCGCUCCUGCCGCGACUCCCCAAUCUGCAUCUGGACCAGUCCUCCGUCCUCCGUUCUCCUCUUCGUCUUCCCGAAUCCCUCCUCUCAAUUAACCCAGUCCCUCUCCGUCAUCAAUCAACCACUCGCUCCCUUUUUCUGCUUUUUUUUCUGGACCACUUCAAAGGCUCAACGUCCACGACACUACCUCAAGGCUCAAAACCCCCGGUGCAGACCCAUCGAUCGUCCCCCCCCGACCGACAAGUCGCCUCCAUCUCGCCUCCGUGUAGACAACUUCGCUCCUCUCGAGACACCAAACCUGCCAACCAAGGUCCAAGGACAAGCCUGCAGGUCCCUGAUUUUCCGCAAUCUUGCUCUCCCAGUGACCUCACAGCGUUUAAUCUUUUUACGCCAACGGUCAAACCCACACGCGCCCACACGCACACCCCCGAAGCGAACGGAGAACACACCAAGGAACGACUGAAGUCGCUCACGUCCGCCUUCACGUUCACGGGUUCACGGCCACGUCCACCGGAGACCGCUCCCUCCUACCGCACCUCCUGCCGCUACCGCUGCCUCUGCCGCAAAGAGCACCGUGUCCAGCAGCAUAUCCUGCACCUCACUGCAGUCAUCCCAAUCUGCCAAAAAUCCAAUC